UACGUUUUUAAGGAGGGAGGGGGCGCGCAGAGGGAGAAAGAGAGACGGAGAGAGAUAGAGAAAGGAGGAGGGGGGUGCGUUCUGAAAUAAUAUAGUCAGCCAUUUUUUAUGUAAGGGGAUUUUUUCUUAUUGGGGGGGUUGUUAAAAAAUAAAUAUAAGAGGGCGGCCAUCUUUGUUGCUCUGCCUAGUGUAAAAUAUUUCAAAACGCCCCCCACUUUUUUCUGUGCCGAUUUGAAUAUUAAAUAAAUAUCACACAUUCGAGCAAGAAUACGCUUUUUUGCAUACAAGGACGGGAACCCAAUGACAGGAAUAUAAUGUCCUCUCCUCUCCGGUCCUGUGAGGAAGACGAGGGCAUGGUGGUUAAUUCCGAGGGAGGAGAUUUUGAUGAAGAAGACGACGACGGAGACCUAGACGAGAACGCAAGCGACAUAAACUCGCCGGCGGCGCCUCGGGAAACUGCAACACCAGCCGCGCCAGAGGAAGAGCCGGAGUUAUCAGACAGAGAGGUCCCGGUUCGGAAGAAAGGGCGACCGAAGAAGAAGAAGGACACAAAGAAGAAAGACAAAGAAGGGAAACCAGUCAAAGCAAAGAAACGAAAGAAGAUUGACAGUGAUGUAGAGAGGGACUCAGACAGAGAGAGAGACUUCGGCGAGAACUCAGACAGUGUAGCCAGCGACUAUGGCUCUGGAGAGAAAAAGAAGAAGAAGAAGCAUAAAGAGAGGAAGGAGAAGAAAACCAAGAAGAAGAAAAAAGAUGACGGAGACCGAGACAGCAGUCAGGAGGAAACAACAAAGCAACCGAUCGAACAGAAGACCUCGGCCCAGCUGGCCAAGGAGUGGGGUCUGGAGGAUGUUGAUCAUACCUUCACAGAGGAGGACUACAGGGAACUCACCAACUACAAAGCCUUCAGCCAGUUCAUGAGGCCGAUGAUAGCCAAGAAGAACCCUAAGAUCCCCAUGUCCAAGAUGAUGACCAUCCUGGGAGCCAAGUGGAGGGAGUUCAGCUCCAACAACCCCUUCAAAGGCAACGCUGCUGCCGUCGCCGCUGCAGCUGCAGCAGCUGCUAUCGCUGUCGCUGAGCAGGUCUCCGCAGCGACUGCUUCGCCUGAGCCACCACCACAGCCGCCGCCAAUAAGAAAGGCGAAGACGAAAGAGGGGAAAGGUCCUGGUUAUAAGAAGCGCAGUAAAAGUCCCCGAGUCCCUGACAAGAAAAAGGCUUUGGCUAAGGCUAAAAAGAUGGCCCCCAUUCGUAUCAAACUGUCACCUAUAGGAGCCAAGAGGAAGAAGAGUUGCUCCAGCGAGGAUCUGGAGGAAGACGAAUCAGAGCAGGAGGACUCCAGCGUUCACAGCUCCUCGGUUCGCUCUGACAGCUCGGGACGGGUCAAGAAGAAUAAAAGAGGACGGCCGGCCAAGAAGAAGAAGAAAAAUGCUUCUGUCUCGCUACCUCAAGCCCCAGGUGAGGAGGAAGGCGACGGCUACGAGACGGAUCAUCAGGACUACUGCGAGGUGUGUCAGCAGGGCGGAGAGAUCAUCCUCUGCGACACGUGUCCCCGUGCUUACCACCUCGUCUGCCUCGAGCCCGAGCUGGACAAAGCGCCCGAGGGCAAGUGGAGCUGCCCGCACUGCGAAAAGGAGGGAAUCCAGUGGGAGGCGAAAGACGAGGACUUUGAGGAUUUCGAGGAGGACAGUGAGGACAGAGUGAUAUCAGAGGUCAGCAUGGGGGUUCCCAGCGGCGCAGGAGCAGAGGAGGAGGAUGACGACCACAUGGAGUUCUGCCGGGUGUGUAAAGACGGAGGGGAGCUGCUGUGCUGCGACACCUGCACAUCCUCGUACCACAUCCACUGUCUGAACCCGCCGCUGCCCGAGAUCCCCAACGGAGAGUGGCUGUGUCCGCGAUGCACGUGUCCACAAAUCAAAGGCCGUGUUCAGAAGAUCCUCCAUUGGCGAUGGGGUGAGCCACCACCUCCUAUUCCCGUUCCCCCAGCGCCCGACGCCCCACCUGAUGCUCCUCCACCGCCUCCAAUGAAGGGCAGAGCUGAGAGGGAGUUCUUUGUCAAGCUAGCUGGGCAGUCGUACUGGCACUGCACCUGGAUCACUGAGCUGCAGCUGGAGAUUUUCCACUCAGUGAUGUACAGAAACUACCAGAGGAAGACGGACAUGGACGAGCCGCCCAGCCUGGACUAUGGCUCGGGUAAUGAGGACGAAAACGGGGUGGGGAAGAGUGAGAAGAGGAGGGCCAAGGACCCCGAGUACGCCAUCAUGGAUGACAAGUAUUACAGAUACGGCAUCAAGCCCGAGUGGAUGAUGAUCCACCGCAUCAUCAAUCACAGUGUGGACAAGAAGGGUACAUAUCACUACCUGGUCAAAUGGAGAGACCUGACCUACGACCAGUGCACCUGGGAGAGAGAUGACCUGGAUAUCCCUGACUUUGGGAUUUAUAAGAGCAACUACUGGAGGCACAGAGACACAAUAAUGAAAGAGGACCCGGACAAACCGAGGAAGAUAAGGAGCAAGAGCCAGGAUGGAGAGGAGGAGGAGGAGGAUUCCCUUGCUUCACCAGUCACUGAUCCUACGAUAAAGUACGAGGAGCAGCCGGACUUUGUCACAUCAACAGGUGGGACGCUGCACCUGUACCAGCUGGAGGGUCUGAACUGGCUCCGCUUUUCCUGGGCUCAGGGCACAGACACCAUCCUGGCAGACGAGAUGGGCCUUGGCAAAACCAUCCAGACCAUCGUCUUCCUCUACUCGCUCUUCAAAGAGGGUCACACUAAAGGUCCGUUCCUGGUCAGCGCUCCACUCUCCACCAUCAUCAACUGGGAGAGGGAGUUUGAGAUGUGGGCGCCGGAUUUCUACGUGGUGACUUACACGGGAGACAAGGACAGCCGAGCCAUCAUCAGAGAGAACGAGCUCUCUUUCGACGACACGGCCAUAAAAGGAGGGAAGAAGACCUUCAAGCUGAGGAGAGAGGCUCCAAUCAAAUUCCACGUGCUGCUGACCUCCUACGAGUUGGUGACAAUCGAUCAGACGGCGCUCAAGUCCAUCGACUGGGCCUGCCUGGUGGUGGACGAGGCUCACCGCCUGAAGAACAACCAAUCAAAGUUUUUCAGGCGUCUGAACGACUACAAGAUCGACCACAAGCUGCUGCUGACAGGAACUCCUCUGCAGAACAACCUGGAGGAGCUUUUCCACCUGCUCAACUUCCUCACACCCAACCGCUUCAAUAACCUUGAAGGCUUCCUGGAAGAGUUCGCCGACAUCUCCAAGGAGGACCAGAUCAAAAAGCUGCACGACCUGCUGGGGCCUCACAUGCUGCGGAGGCUGAAGGCCGACGUGUUCAAAAACAUGCCGGCGAAGACCGAGCUGAUUGUCAGGGUGGAGCUGAGCCCUAUGCAGAAGAAAUACUACAAGCUGAUCCUGACAAAGAACUUCGAGGCUCUGAACUCAAAAGGUGGAGGAAACCAGGUCUCCCUGCUCAACAUCAUGAUGGACCUGAAGAAGUGCUGCAACCACCCCUACCUCUUCCCCGUCGCCUCCAUGGAAGCCCAGAAAACCCCCAGCGGUGCUUACGAGGGCUCAGCGCUCACUAAGGCUUCUGGGAAACUGACGCUGAUGCAGAAGAUGCUGAGGAAACUCAAAGAGCAGGGGCACCGAGUGCUGGUCUUCUCACAGAUGACUAAGAUGUUGGACCUACUGGAGGACUUCUUGGACCAUGAAGGUUACAAGUAUGAGAGAAUCGAUGGCAGCGUCACAGGAGCGCUGAGACAGGAGGCCAUCGACCGCUUCAAUGCUCCUGGUGCGUGUCAGUUCUGUUUCCUGCUCUCCACUAGAGCCGGAGGUUUGGGCAUCAACUUGGCCACAGCGGACACCGUCGUCAUCUUCGACUCCGACUGGAACCCUCACAACGACAUCCAGGCGUUCAGUCGAGCCCACAGAAUCGGGCAGGCCAACAAGGUGAUGAUCUACCGCUUCGUGACGCGAGCCAGCGUGGAGGAGAGGAUCACACAGGUGGCCAAGAGGAAGAUGAUGCUGACCCACCUGGUGGUUCGGCCGGGCCUCGGGUCCAAAGCCGGCUCCAUGAGCAAACAGGAGCUGGACGACAUCCUCAAGUUUGGGACGGAGGAGCUCUUUAAGGACCAAGGAGAAGGUAUGAUGAAGAACAAUGCUGGAGAUAAAGCCGAGGACGAGGGCAACGUAAUACACUACGACAACAUGGCCAUCGAGAGGCUGCUGGACCGAAGCCAAAACGAAACAGACGACACGGAUGUUCAGAACAUGAACGAGUACCUCAGCUCCUUUAAAGUGGCUCAGUACAUGGUCCGAGAGGAGGACAAGAUUGAAGAGAUCGAGCGAGAGAUCAUCAAACAAGAGGAGAACGUGGAUCCGGAUUAUUGGGAGAAGCUGUUGCGGCAUCACUACGAGCAGCAGCAGGAGGACCUGGCCAGCAAACUGGGGAAAGGGAAGAGGAACCGCAAACCUGUCAACUAUAACGACGCUGCACAGGAGGACCAAGAGUGGCAUGCUGACAUUUCAGAUAACCAGUCCGAGUAUUCAGUGGGCUCUGAGGAGGAGGACGAGGACUUUGACGAUCGACCGGAGGGUCGAAGGCUCCGUCGCCAGUUGAGGAAUGAGAAGGACAAACCUCUGCCUCCUCUCCUGGCCAGAGUCGGCGGAAAUCUUGAGGUGUUGGGUUUUAACACCCGGCAGAGAAAAGCAUUCCUGAAUGCAGUGAUGCGAUGGGGGAUGCCUUCUCAGGACGCCUUCUCCUCUCAGUGGCUCGUCAGAGACCUCAGAGGAAAGACGGAGAAAGAGUUCAAAGCUUACGUGUCACUCUUCAUGCGUCACUUGUGCGAGCCGGUGGCUGAUGGUGCCGAGACGUUCGCAGAUGGCGUGCCAAGAGAAGGAUUGUGUCGUCAGCCAGUCCUUACUCGCAUCGGCGUGAUGUCUCUUCUCAAGAAAAAGAUUCAGGAGUUUGAGCACAUCAACGGGCGCUGGAGCCUCCCAGAGCUCAAACCUGAGGUCAGCGUGGACAAAACCUCGUCCAGGGCCUCCUCUCCUGCCAUGAAGACUUCCACGCCCACUCCAGACGCCAGCUACAACAACACACCAUGCACCUCCAAGCCAGCAACCCCUGCUCCUUCAGAGAGGCUGGAAAAGAACGGAAAAGAGGGAGAGAAAGAGGAGGAGAAAGAGGAAGGAGAAGCGACAUCUGACAAGGAGAAAGGGAAGGAUGAGGGGAAAGAGAUGGACGGAAACAAGACGGCAGACCCUGAAGAGCUGCUGUCCUCGACAAAAGAGAGGUCACAAACUUCGUCCCCUGGUCAAAAAACGGAAGGCAAAGAGGAGAGCGACCUGAAAGAGGAGGAGAAAAAAGAAACAUCUGACACUCCUGCUGCUGGAACAGAGGAAAGGAAAGAGGAGAGCAAAGAAGAAACAAAAGAAACAACAAAGCAAGACGCAGACGUCAAAGAGGAGAAAUCAGAAGGAGAGAAGUCUGUGGAGGAGAAGGAAAAAGACAAAGAAAAACGGGAAGAGACAGCAGCAGAAGUGGCAGAUGCAAAGGAGAAGAGCGAUGCGGCUGAUGUGAAGAAAGAGGAAGUUAAAGGUGAAAAGGAUGCUGGGAAGGAAGUCAAACCAGCAAAGGAGGAGACGCCCAUUCCCCCUAAAGGGAACGGGAGGGCUCCAAUCGAGCGACCUCGCUUUAUGUUUAACAUCGCAGACGGUGGCUUCACAGAGCUGCAUACACUUUGGCAGAAUGAAGAGCGGGCUGCCAUCUCCUCAGGGAAGAUGAACGAGAUCUGGCACCGCCGACACGACUUCUGGCUGCUGGCAGGAAUCGUGAUUCACGGCUACGCCAGGUGGCAGGACAUCCAGAAUGAUCCUCAGUUUGCUAUUGUAAAUGAGCCUUUCAAAUCGCAGGCGAAUAAAGGCAACUUCCUGGAGAUGAAGAACAAGUUCCUGGCGAGAAGAUUCAAGCUGUUGGAGCAGGCGCUAGUGAUCGAGGAGCAGCUACGGCGGGCGGCCUACCUGAACAUGACCCAGGACCCGAGUCACCCGGCCAUGGCGCUAAAUGCUCGCUUUGCAGAGGUCGAGUGUCUCGCCGAGUCCCAUCAGCACCUCAGCAAAGAGUCACUGGCAGGGAACAAGCCUGCCAACGCUGUGCUGCACAAAGUGUUGAACCAGCUGGAAGAGCUGCUGAGUGACAUGAAGGCAGACGUGACCCGGCUACCAGCCACGCUGUCCCGAGUCCCGCCCAUCGCCGCCCGCUUGCAAAUGUCCGAGAGGAGCAUCCUUAGCCGACUGGCCAGCAAGGGCACCGAGACGCACACACCCCCGCCCAUCCCUCCAGGACCCUACGCAACCCCUCAGAACUACGGCGCCCCCUUCACCCCUGCACCCCCAAGCGCUCUGCACAUGGGAGGAGCAAACUACAGUCAGAUGCCGCCUGGAUCCUUCAUAUCAGAAGCCGCCGUCGCUGCCGGGGCCAUCGGGGGAGCCGCCGGAGGGUUGGCCGCCGCUUGCCAGAAGACCAAGGAGCACGAUGUGGGGCAGCGGCAGCGGGUGGUGGACCUGUGGAAGGACGGCAAAUCGGAGGGUGCCAUCGGGCAGGAGCUGAGGAUGCCCAAGUCGACGGUGCACAGCAUCAUCGUCAAGUACCGGCUCAGCAACACGGUGGAGAACCUGCCGCGCAACGGGCGACCAAAGAAACCCUGAGGAGAGGAAGGGAACCAAGAAAUGUGACAGAAAAAGAGAUAAAAAAGGGAGAGAUGAAUACCUGAGUGUUCAAGCAUGACGUCCAAAAAGGACCCAAGGACAGAGCGCUGUGACUCUGCUGGAAUGUGAGGAAUAAAAAGGGAGAAGUAAAACUAACUUGAUGGAUCGAUGGAGGAUUAAAAGCCAGCAGGAGAGGGCAUAAAAAAAGUGGAAAAAAAGUGGCAUCUAUUAAAAGAAAAACACGGGGAAUGAGGAGGGAGAGGUGCAAAGCUGGCCCUGAGAUCAAGCACUAAUGAUGCGUGGGGGGAAAAAUGAAGCAGAGAGAGACAGAGGGAGAAAAAAAGAAAGAAGGGAGACCUGUCUGGAACAAACAAAUCCUCGUGCAGAGAGAGAAAAGACGCUGCUGAAAAGAAUGUGACGUUAAUGGAAAAGAUGCUCCGCCGAGGAGGAAAAAAAGACGGUAUGUUAAUGCAAUCACAGGUUUGUUUGGAAUUCAGAUACGAGGGCUGAAAAAGAAGAAAACGCAAAA